AUGGACGCUCCGCCGCUGCAGGAGUCGCCGCGCCGCGACACGGACGCUCCGCCGAACCCGCCGCCGCCGCCUUCCCCGCCGUCCCCGCUGCCGCCGCCGCUUCACCCGGCGCCGGGGAAACAGCGGGAGGAGAAGAAAACGGCGCUGAGCAAAGUGGUUAUUCGAAGGCUUCCUCCUUGUCUAACCAAGGAGCAACUGGAGGAACAGCUGCAUCCUCUACCUGCCCAUGAUUAUUUUGAGUUUUGCACUGCUGAUCCCAGCCUUUAUCCUCAUCUCUACUCAAGAGCAUACAUUAACUUUAGAAAUCCUGAGGACAUCCUUCUUUUUAGAGAUCGCUUUGAUGGCUAUGUCUUCAUUGAUAAUAAAGGUUUGGAAUAUCCUGCAGUGGUUGAGUUUGCUCCAUUCCAGAAGAUUUCGAAAAAGAAGCUGAAGAAGAAAGAUGCCAAAGCUGGGAGCAUUGAAGAAGAUCCAGAAUAUAGGAAAUUUUUAGAGAAUUAUUGUGCUGAUGAAGACAAGAUCUGUGCCAAUCCUGAGAUUCUUUUGGGAGAGAUUGAGGCCAAAACAAGGGAACUCAUUGCUAGAAGAACAACACCCCUUUUGGAAUAUAUUAAAAAUAGAAAAUUAGAAAAGCAGAGAAUACGAGAAGAGAAAAGAGAAGAACGAAGGCGGAGAGAAUUGGAGAAGAAGCGUUUGCGGGAGGAAGAGAAAAGGAAGCGCAGGGAAGAAGAAAGACGUAAAAGAAAAGAAGUGGAGAAGCAAAAGAAAAUUUCUGAAAAAGAAAUAAGGAUCAAGCUUCUCAAGAAGCCUGAAAAAGGAGAUGAGCUGGCCAGUGAAAAGCACAAAGAAAAAGGUGAAGAAGCUGACAUUGAGGAAAACAAAUGGGAUAAAUCACCUGGAUCUGGGAGCAUAAAAUUCAAAUCUUUGGAGAGUUCAUUGAAAGAACUUAAGGAAAGGUCACAAAAUGACAGUGACAAAGAGCAAAGAGAUUUGGAGAGAAGAUUUCGAGAAAAAGAACCUGAAAGACAAAGGUAUCGAUUGGAUGAUGGCAGAAAGCAUAGAACUCAUUAUGAGUUUGAAAAGUUUAUGAGACGGCAUGAAGAAGAGCUGAAAUGGGGGAAAGGAUACAACCAAGACAGAGGAAAGAAAGGGAACUACAACUACAGCUUCACUGUGGAGGCAGUAGACAAACUGGGUAAAGAGGACAAGUGUGAUGACAUGGCAUCCAAAAAGGAGCGCAUAAGAAAUAAGGAUCGUCCAGCCAUGCAGUUGUACCAGCCAGGAGCUCGCAUCCGAACACACAUGGGACCUACAAGUAAAACCUAUGACUGCAGUGGGAAAUCCUUUGAAGAUGCUCUUGAUAAAAAGUAUGAGGCAGAUAAUUCAACUGGAGCUAGUUCUGAAAAGACUGAAGAAGCAGAAUAAAACAAUCCGGGGGAAAAGGCUUGUGAAAAGGAAUUAAUUUAAGAUUCGGCGUCAUCACAAAAAAUCCAUUGGGCUAUUUCACACCUCCACAGGCAAUUGCAUCAACAAAAUAAUAAUAGCUCUGUCUCUUAUUUUCUCUAAAAUGAAGGGAAGAGUGACUGGAGAUAUAUAAAACAUCUUACAACAAAUGAAUAUUGUUGGUUUUUUACAAAAAGCAGCUCAAGCACUCUUCGCCUAAUUUAAAAGCAGCUCAAAUAUUUUAUUAGAUCUACCUUGAAAUAGAAGACCCUUUUAACAAUUUUAAGGGAAUAUUUAUAUAAGACUUUACAGAAGCUGUGUCAUCUUUUUGAGUCUAAAGAAAUGAAAUGUAAAUUUGCAUCAGUUUGAAAUCUGAGGCACUUGUCUCUGGUGCAUGACUUGAGGGUCCACAGGACCCCUUCCUGCAAAUGGCAGGGGCGGGGGCUGCUGCAGUGUGUUACAGUCAGACUCAGUGGGACCAGCCCUGGGACGAAGUUCUGGAGCCAGUGGUGUUUGCAGGAUGAGGCCCACAGUUUGCACAGUUGUGAGGAAUGUCCAGUGGUAUCUGUACCUCAUGGUGUUUAUGCUGGUUUUCAAUUAACCAUAGUGUCAGAUAAGUGUUAGUAAAGCUACAAGUAUGUUGUUGGAGAGUUUGUCAUUUUCUGAGCCACUUUUGCCUUUUAUGUUUU